AGACUCAAAAGUCUGGAUUGGAUUUGUAAACAGCAUGUCCUAAAAACUGUUAUUGGAGGAUUUGUUUUGGGGGAAAGUCUCUUUUGGCAGCUAUAAGGCGACACCAGACAAAGAAAUUUCCAGUAAGCUGUCUGGAACGUACCCUGGUUUUAUGUGUGGUGAACUCUUUUCAAGCACAUUAAGCUCUUUUUACAUCUGAUUAAGACUUUUGUGGAUUUUUGUAAGAUUGUUUGGGAUUUUUUCAUACUUUAAAGAGAAACAGGAAAGUUGGCGUUUGGGUGCGAGCCAUUAAUCUGGCCUUGGCAUCAGAUCUAUAAUUUACAACAACACAGUGAAGAAACAUCUCAGUCAACUUGACAAGAUGGCAUCAGGCUUUCCGUUUGCUUUGUUGCUCUGUUUGUCCAUCGGACUGUUGGCUGCAUCUGGUGAAGCUCCCUGCCCUCCUGGUUGGACUCAGUUUGGCUCUCGCUGUUUCGCUUUCUACAGCGAGACAAAGAGUUGGAUCAAUGCAGAGAACUUCUGCAUCUCAGCUGGUGGGAAUCUGGCUUCCAUCCACUCAGAUGAGGAACAAACAUUUCUCAAAGACUUCAUUAAACAAGUGACCGGUACAUACCCAGAUUCCUGGAUCGGAGGCUUUGACGCAGUGAAGGAGGGUACGUGGAUGUGGGCCGAUGGAUCCAAAUUCAACUACAAUAUCUGGGCUGAGGGGCAGCCUGACAACUUUCGUGGAGUGGAGAACUGUAUUGUGAUGAACUGGGGUGCAGCAGAGAUCUGGAACGACGGGGUUUGUAGCACCCCACUUUUUUUCCUGUGCUCCAGGAACCUGUAUGUCUAUUAACGUGCCAUCAGGAUGCCUCUACAGCUCAUCUAUCAUCUCUAUCAUUGAUUCACUUUCAGUUCGUUCUGCAGACAGAAACAGCUCUCCGCUGACAGACGACUCACUUUCACUUGUUUAAAGCACCAGGCUUUUACUUAGUCGAGAGUGUUUUUAUGGUUGUUUGUUAUGUUUUCUAUUUGUAUUUCAAUAUGCUUGUAUUGUGACUUCUUGUGUUGUAUUGCAUUUUAUUGUGAAGCACUUUGUGAUUUUUAUCUGUGAAAGGUGCAAUACAAAUAAACUUUACUUACUUACUUACCUAUUAUCUGAAGAGUUAGGAAACAGUUCACAUUUGGGUUUAAAAUUAGAGAGAAACUGGCUCACUGCGCUGGACAAAAACAUAAUCAGUUAUUGGACUUUAAAAAUGAAAUAGAGAAAACAUUUCAAUACUCGCAGAUCUUGUCCAUUUUAGUUCACUGAAUAUUAUCUGUUAUAAACAGCGCCCACUCAUCUGAUAAAAUAUUACAGCAUGGUCUCACAAAAUUACGUGAAAUGAUCACGAAAUGUUAACAUAACAUAACCGCAUUACGUGGUGGCCACACGGAAUAUGUGAAAAUUUGUGGCCACCACGGAAAACAAUGCCAAUGUAAAGUCAAUGAGAAGAUGACUUAGCAUUAAGUGUGACUACGGUAGUCAGUAGUAAGUAGUAUGAGGUUGGUCAAACAACUAAGGAAUUUCACCCAGGAGACCAAGGAUCGUGUCCCGUGUGUCACGUUUCCUUAACCCAACCGUCUCAUUGUUGUCCCACUGGUCAUUAUCAUGGUCUCCUCUAGCUGUAGAUAGAUGGGGUCUCCUCUAGCUGUAGAUAGGUGGGGUCUCCCCUAGC